UUCGUUAUCUAAAAUACCUCCGUUGUCGUUAUAACAUUCGUGCUCAUAUAUAUAUAUAUAUGUAUGUGCUGAUAAACUUUAAAAAAUUUCAAUUGUGUUUGGAACAUAUCUAACUGAAAAACGAGCACCGAUAGUAGAAUGUUGAUUGUGAAGGUUUUUGUGUUUCUGUUGUUCCUAGGUAUUGGAAGAAGUGCCCCGCUGGACGCACAGGAUCUUUUGCAGAAGAUUGAUGAGCUAACAGAAAGAUUGGCAGCUCUGGAAAACAACAAACGUGCUAUUGUUGAGGGACCAGUUGCCUUUACAGCUACCUUGGUUAACACAAUAGAACAUGUGGGAGAUCAUCAACACAUCGUUUUCGACCGCGUGAUUACCAACAUUGGAGAUGGAUACAGUCCAGUUUCUGGCCAUUUCACCGCACCAGUCCGAGGUGCGUACGCACUCUCCGUGGUCCUUACAAAUACCCCGGGACAUGCUGCAAGCGUCGUACUCAUAAGAAAUGGUCAAUCGUUGGGACAGGUGCUAGCCGAUGACGAAUCAAAUGUCGCCUAUACGACGUCAACACUCGCUAUUACGGCGCAGCUUGAGGCUGGGGACCAGUUGUGGGUACAAAAUGAGUAUACUUUUUCGGGACAGGAACAGAUAGAUCAGGAAUGGACAUACUUUUCUGGUCACCUAAUCCAGCAGAACUGAGCAGAUUCAAGCAAACGUAACUUUUGCUUUUCGAAUUUUAACAACUUUACCAAAUUUGGAACACGAAACUUUUACAAUUAAUGCCUGAGUGCUUAGUGCAUUUGUUUUUGUCAGUUAUUUGCCAUACCUAAGCUUCAACAUAAGAAUACUUAAUAACAAUAAAUAAAUAUAAAUACCAGUA